AUGGAUGGGGUGCUGAGUGUUUUGAGUAGGCUAGGGGUCCAUGCCCAAACAGAUAAACCAUCUGUAGAGUAUGGUCUUAGGGAAAAGUUUCGAGGAAGGAGAAGUACGGAGGAAUUGUUUUUCUGGUGUAAAUUCAAAACUGACUUGGAGCAAUUAGCAUUGUAUGAAGUUUACUGGUAUCUUGAUGGAAAGCGUAAGUUCAUUAGCGGAGCAGUCCGGAGCAGCAGGUUGAAUGAAACUUAUUUAACAGAAGAAAAUGGAAUAGAAUUGAAUAGAAAGAUAUCUUGCUUGGUAAAAACAACCCUAAACCAUUCAGAAGUUUUAUCACCAAGAAGUGGCGAAUAUUUUGCUGGAAUUAAGAUAGAUGAGACCUUUAUCCUAAUUCGUCGUGGAGGAGGAAAUAAGAUUCGACUGAAGUUGACUGUACCAUUUGGCUGCGCGUAUUAUACAGAUUCUUUAGACGUGCAAAAUUGUGUGCUUAACAUCCAAAUGGUAGAAUACGGAAAUUGUACUUCGAACAGUGAAAGUUUAAGCAAAUGUGGAAUAUCAAUACGGCGAAACGAUUGGAAUAAAACACAUGAAAUGGAGAUAGGUCAUAGUGACGAUUAUACUCGCAAGUUUUUACCGUAUAGACGUAUCCAACUAGAAACUCAAAGACUCCUCUCAAAUGAAAUAUGGAGCCAUCUUGAAAUACCCGCUGUUCAGGUCUACAUUCUAGAUAGCCAAAUCUCCCUCACAUGCAGCAAACUUAAAAACGGAAAUCAGAACCUGUUGAUUCAGAUACGCCGAGCAAGAAUUGGACUAAAUAAAAACCGAUUAUGUGGACUAGCAGUUCGGGCAGGGGCUGAUGUUUUUCUCAUUGAUGCUUGUCAUUUUCCAACGACAAAAAAGUUUCGAAGAUGUGUGGAUAAUGUCAUUUCCGUCAGGGUUUGGGAUGGUUUGUCAAGCCGUAUUACAGAGGUGAAUUUGUUGCCCGGAACAAGAAUAAUUGCGUCAGAAAAAUUGAACACAGCAACCAACCAAACAUCUUUGCUGAUCUACAUUUGUUAUUUGGAUGUGCUGACUCUCUCGGAUAUCAUUUUAAAUGAAGCUUCCGUCAAUCUUUUUGAAAUAUCAGACAGAGAUAAUGCUACAAUCCAGCGUCUUAUGAAGGGUUCCCUUGCCGUCUGUACAUGCCGUUAUAGUAGUAAACAAGCAUACUUUAUCGACUACGACCCUUUAACGAAUUCCACUAUAUGCACUAAUAGCGAUAACAGUAUUUGUCACUCAUCCAUCAAAGAAACAACAUCAAAUCCAAAUUUCUGCAAAAUAGUAAAAAGAAAUCCAGAAUGGGUAAUAAUAUUCAAAGCAACAGCUGGAAAUGGAGAGAGAGUGUACGAUGCUUGGAGUAGAGAUCUAUCCAAGCUGUCGUAUUGCACGCCAGAAUUAGGAUGCUUACCAGAAGGUUAUACAACAGACACAUUAUCACCGACUUCCAGACAUCUUACCAGUCAAUUAAUCAAACAAUGGAACUAUAAUUAUGUUCAAAAGGUUAAGCUGGAACUAUAUACUAGAGGGACCAUGGUCUUGCAACUCAUUUUCGAUGCCGAGAAUAGCAAUAAUACGAACUGGUUUUCAAAUGAUCGACUUUUGUACAGCAGCUAUCAGGAUAUGCAUCGAAACAGUGUUUAUAACUAUUUCUCCAUUCGAGGUUUUUUCGAGAUUGGAGGAAUCAUUCGAAGAUUUCAUAUUAACUCUAAAUAUGAUGGAUGCCCCGGAGAUAUAGGAUGGUUAACUGUUGUUGAUUCUGAUCCAAUUCAUCGCUGUUCCUGGGAAUCGAGCUUACCCUUUCCGCAAAUGCUGUACGCGAAAGGAAAAGUCAGGAACUGGAAUUCAGGUGAUAUUGGACACGCAGAUACCAUGGCUAUAUAUAUAUUUAAAUAA